AUGUAUGCAAUUCAAGUGUUAUUUGUUGACAAACACCAAGGAGUCUUCUUCUUGAUUCCUUUAGCUUCCUACACUGAUACUGGUCUUGUAAACUGA